AUGAGUUCACCGGAUUACAAACUACUCUUUCAGAGAACUGAGGAAGAAACCCACCAUCUCGAGCAGGAAAUCGCACAGCUCAAGCAGAAAACCUCGCUCUUGGAAUUUCUCCAGGCCUGCCAUGAAUUGCUAUCCAGUCCUGUACAGGUCGGGUCUCUCUCAACCUCCACGCAGAGUGCAAUACAGCCGCCUCAGGGUAAACAGUGCCCAGCAAAUAUCGUUCGAUGGGAGGAUUGUGCAAUGCUACAACAAGAGGUAUUUGACUCGGUUUGCAACCAUCUCAAUGCGACGCAAGCACAUCCAUCGAGAUUAUUUUUGACAUCUCUUAAUAUUGAAGGGGUUGCCUCGUUAAUCACUCCCCUGUACAGCCAAUGGGCUCUAGAGCACUAUGAACAGUUCACGGUACAGGCGCACGUCAGCUCUAUCGUUUCGGAGCUAUGCAACAUUCCAGCAGCUCGGCAGCAAUUCCGACUCGGUGAUGGUAUUUUGUUUGAUAAGCACGCCAAUAGUUCAGAGGAGGACCUAUAUCCAUUAUCCCCGAGGCCAUCACAGCCUGAUCAAUCUUGUAUACACCAAGUCGGUGGUAGAAACACCCUACUUAUGUAUGCGGGGUACAAACCACCUUACGAACUUUCCGUGGAAAGUCUUCGAGUCGGCCUACGGCCGAUGAAGUUCUGGGAAGAGGUUGUUCGCCGCAAAGCAAUUCCUACAGAUAUAUCCCAAAAGUUGAAGUACAACGCAGAGCAACUUGUCGGUUCGGCUCUUGUGCAGGAAUAUCAUGUCAUGAUUCGCGAGGGACUGGAAUACUCUUAUUUGACGACCGGAGUCGCUUUAGUCCUUCUCCAUAUUCCACACAAUGAUCCCAGGACCCUGAUGUACUCUUUAUGUGAACCCAACAUUGAGGUGCAUAAUGAUCCAAAUUAUCAAAAACCGAAAACAGCCAUCGCCCGUAUUUUAUGUCUUGCUUUGAUGGCUUCUCUCUCUUCUGUCCGGGACCAAAAUUGGCGCAAAAGUGCUAAGGCUCAGCUGAAGACCUGGGCAACCAGCUUUUCCCUGGUACGGUCACAUAUUCCGGAUGAAGAGCUGGGACAAACACCGCCAGUCCUUUGA